AGGAUGCAUCGGAAACGGAAACGGGAUACGCUGUAUUGGUUCCGUGGGUUCCGCGUUAGCUUGCGCGAUUUUUGGUAAAUAUGGUAAUUUAAUUCUAGUAAGUUAUAUUCGCCGCGACAAUACGACAAAAGACUGCUACCAGUGCUCACGCCACAGCUCGCGUCGCCGUUUCUCAUCCCUGUCUGCAGAAAUUAUGUCGCUCGAAGCGAUCGACGCAGAGCUACAAUGGUGAUGGAAGUCGUGACAGCCGCCAGCGCGAUCGCCGUCCUGCUCUCGGCCGUGUUUCUCAAAGAAGCUUCGAGCUUCCGCGACAUCACGGCUGAAGUAUUCGGCAGCGCCCAACCGAGCGUUCUCGGCGCCUUCGGCGACUUCAACUCGGACAAGCUCACCGAUCUCUUCCUCACGUCGAACGAUUCCCACAAGCUGGAGAUAUGGGCCGCCACGGGCGUGAAGCCGUCGUUCGAGAAGUCCGAGGUGCAGUGCACCGUUCCGGGCGUCAUCACGGGCAUCAUGCCGGGCGACUUCGACGGUGAUUCCAUCAUGGACGUGCUGGUAACGUCCAAGGACAGCGGCGACAAGUCCGACGCCCUCGACGUUCGAAUCUUCUGGGGUCGCUUGCGAAUGGGCGUGGACUGCGAGAACAGCACGCACGUAGCGGGCGUAGGCUGGCAGCCGCUGCUGUUGGACUACAACGGUGACCGGAUCGUCGACCUACUGUCCGCGCGAGUGGAAGACCCCAACACGAGGACCGUGUGGAUGUUCGGUCCGAGCAGGAUUCCGGCGACCGUGGCGCUCGGUGUGGGUGCGAGCGCGCUCUCGAAGCCGCACUCGAAUUCCUUCGUGGACCUGAAUGACGACAUGACCGCCGAUCUUAUGCUGACCUCCGAGUCCUCCAUGGAGGUCUGGUACUGGGUCGGCAACAGUUCGUUCAGCGGUCCGAACAGGCGCGACUACCCGCCUGACGCCGCAGUGAAAGGUCAGUCCCUCUUUGUCGACGUCGACGCAGACGGCGACAUGGAGCACGUAAUGCCCGUCUGCCUCGGAAGCUCAGACUGUAAGCACUCGGCGAUAAUGGUGCUCAAUGGUAGUAGCCACUGGGUCACCUGGUUCGAGUCAUUUCAAGACGCCGCCAACUACACUUGGAAAUUCCAUGUUGAUGAGGGCCAACCGUCCGAUGUCGCGAUUCCAGUCGCCUUACGUACAGGGGACGUUGACAUGGACGGUUACCCCGACUUCUUGGCGAUAUUGGAAGGCAAGCCGCCGGGCCAGAAGAAGAUAGUCACCCGGGUCACACUCCUGCUCAACGUCCGCUGCUCGCACUGCCCGUUCGGGCGAAACUUGGUCCCUUACUGGAAUUACGGAGCCCUGGCGAACUUUGACUCCGCCAAGCUGGCAGCGUUCUUCGACAUCGACGAAGACGGGCACAUGGACAUCCUGCUGACUAACGGAACCAGCCAGAAUGGCUUUCACACGUACGCGCUUCGCAACCAGUUUAGCGACGAUGCGUGCUUCAUCAAGGUUUUGGCGGUGAGCGGCCUCUGCUACACCGACUGCCCACAGGGUCACCUGGCCUACGGCACGAAUCAACCGGGCCCCCUGGUGCGGUACCGGAUCAUAACGUCCAGUGGCCACCCGCAGGAAAGUUGCAGCAGCCAGCUAUAUCAGUCUGCACACUACGCGCUGCAGCUGCCUUAUUCGGUGUUUGGCCUUGGCCAGUCGCCGAACUUUGUGGACGUUCUGACUGUCGCCUUAGCUAACAACGAGAGCACCGAGCAUCCCAGCGUGCACCACCAGUGGACCCAAAUCAUCCCAAACUCGCAGAUGGUGGUCAUCCCAUAUCCGGCAAAUGACCCGUCACGCUGGGUCAACAAGCUUUUCGUCACUCCGGGACGACAGGUGUUGCUGACAUUUGUUGCCCUGGCUGGAACAUGUGUCUUCAUUGUGCUGAUCAUCGGGGCCUUGCACUGGCUGGAGAAACGAGAGGACCGCCGUAUGAAGCUCCAAGAGGCGCAACAAUUCCACUUUGAUGCCAUGUAGUGCGAUCUUUAUGACAUGUUGUCACGCCAAGUGUUCUCAUUGUAAAUGAACCUGUGGUGCACCGUGUUCAGCAAUAAGACUGCCUUAUCUGGCCGCCAUUCCGUGCAGCAGCGAAGAAGCGUUUGUGAUGUAGCUUUGAAGACAGUUUGGUGAAUGCUACAGGGCUCAAUAGGGCGGGGCCUGUAAACCUUGGAAGUCCUGUGCUUCGCUGGGAUAAUUGGUGUGUGCCUUCCAAUAGGAAGCCCGAUUCUUCGCGCUUCAUGAAGCAGUUGAACUUUAGCAGAGGGAUAGUGUGGACUCUGCCUUUUCAGGGAUAAUUAUGAAGUCUAUUUGCGUCAUUGCGCUUGAGUGCUGGUAAACAUCAGGUACUUCAGCAAUUCACAGGUCUUGUUCAUGGCUGUUAGCCUACUUUUUGUGUCACCAUGAUUGUAGGACUACUGGCACUUGGUCUCCAUAAGUUUUCACAGAAUUGAAGCCUUGCUACGAUUUUUCUUCCAAUUACACUUUCUAAUGAGAGUUAGAUGUUUUAUGCACUGGGGUUUUGAGAUGUCCAGAAUUUUGUUGUCACCUUGUGAAGUUGAUAUGAAGCACCGAGUAAAGAAUGUGUGCAAUUGAGUGAGAAUUAUUUUAAGCACCCUGGUGACCAAGCAAAGUGUAUUGUUUUUCUUAUGUCUUUUCACUGGCAUUCACUUUAAACAAGUCUUUGCAUGCUUGAUGCCUUAUUAUCUUCAAGCAAUUAUUGUUUUUUGGAAUCACUACAUAUUUGCUAGGAACAUCUUAGCAUGUGUGAAGCCCAGAAGAGGCCUGUCAUCCCAGUGCUCUCAUGCUCAGCGUAUUUGCUUUUUCGUCUCUUAACUGUGUUUUGUUUACAAGGACAUUGAUUGGGUGCAGAGCAAACCCUUUGAAUAAUGUGCAUCUGUAUGUAACAUGAAUAUGGUAGGAACCUAUUUCAAUACAACUGUUAAAAGCAGGUGAUUAUGUGCCUUCAUAGGCAGUGCUUAAAUGCAAUGCAAGUUUUGAGACUUACUUUUAUAUUUAUGCAGCACUUUCAUAUUUAUUGCAUUAGAGACUUGUGUUACUUCAUUCCUAGUCGAACUGUUAUCAGAAACUUGCUGUUGGAUAAAUUUAUCGGAACAGCUAAUGGCGAUCUGUUUUCUUGCUUUGUUGGUUAUAAAAGCAUUUGUUUGCCCCCCUAAAGUGUUUUCUUUUAUUGCAUAGAGACUUUCAUUUUAUUGAACAGAACAGCAAAGCGUAUAAACAUAUAGUCAAUUAUUUCAUCACUAGAGAUAACAAUAAAGCCUGGUUCGGUACUGUGGAA